GAAGCUGUAAAAUGGAGCUUCAUUAAAAUAUUUAUUGGCUUCUUCCCCAAAAAUAAUAGAGAACGUUCCACUUCCCUGGUUUAUUAUUUGUUUAAGAAUGAGAGAGAUGCCACAAAAUAUUUUAAAUGGUAAUGAUAUAAAGAAGCCAAGAAAAAUAAACCAGCCACUGUGAUAGCAUAACAAUUAUAAUGGAGAGCGUGAAGGUGGUGACAAUUAAGGCGAUCGAAGCAACUCCGGCGAACUUCAAAGACUAUGGUCAGGUCAUCGAGGCUUCACUGGACAGCGUGGGUUUUGGUCCCCAUGAUGCUCAACUUGAUCUCGCCCAAGGAAUUCCCAGGUUAUAUGUUAUGCAUCUUGAACAUUUCCCACUAAAGUUUUCUAGAAUCACACAUCAUGCAAGGGUGACUCAGUGCCUUGGGUCCAUUGGUGGUAACGUUUGGUAUCUUGGAGUAGCUAAGCCAUCAGUUGUUGAUCCAAAUGAAAUCAAGGAUGACUCAGAAAACACUGUCGCGAAGUCGUGCGGCGGUCAUUUUUACGUUCCUCCCCCCGUUGAGGACGUCCAAGUUUUCAAGAUUUCAGGUCCCAAAUUCGUCAAGCUUCACCGUGGCACAUGGCAUGCUGGUCCUCUAUUUAAGUCUAGCACGAUGGACUUUUACAAUCUAGAGCUGGCCAAUACAAAUGAGAAUGAUAUUACCACACACAACUUUAAGAAGGACAAUGGAGUAACUUUUACAAUUGAUGAGUAAUUUGAGCUUUAUGUAGUUUCCAGCAUGUCAAUUGAUUCUGAACAUUGUGUACCGUUAAAUAAAUGUCAGAUACAUAAUUACUGGAAAUUUAAGCAUUUGUUUGGUUUGAUGCACCA